GCGUUAUUUUUUAAAUUAGAUUUGUUGAAAAUUAAAUAGAAUGCUUAUUAUAUAAGAUAAAGGAAAAUUGGAUAUGUGGAAUGUCGGAGGUUUGCAGCCAGACGAGAUGAAUCAGAUUCGAUGGAGCAUAAAAUCAGCAUCACCAGCCGCAUCAGCGAUUGCGGCAGGCAAGAGGCAAAAGACCGAUGGAUGGACGAAGCCGUCACGAAGCGGGCCGACGUUCCUGUACCAAACGAGAUUAAUAGAGAUCCGCCUGUCAGCCGGACGCCUCUCCGUCUGAGCGAGAUCCAGCGGCUUCCAGACGGCCAGUCUUCUCGCAGAUCGCAACCUGCGUGGGCAACAACCGAUCGUGAUCGAUCGCACGCGAUCGGCGACGAGAAUGAAGGCAACGAAAGUAGAACACACAGGGAAGAGGUUCGGCAACACGUAUGCUGUGCAAGACAUGAGAGAAUGAUCGAUGUUGGAUACGGAAUAUCGGGUGAAAUUAUCCAAAUUGAUGCAGGCCAUUGUCGUAAAUUGUGUCCGCGACACGUGUUGGACGAUCCAGGAGACGCGAGUCGGCCCACUGUCCAGAGAUGCUUCCCGGAAUCACAUUGUCGCCCGAAGGCGUCGAAACUGGAGAGGGUGUCAACGAUUCAAGGGGUUCGCGUGAUCGAAGUCACGGAAGCCUGCGAAUGCACAUCGGAUUCUUCUUGUAGGCGAGAAUCUUUCACGCAUCUCGUGCAUUCUGGCACUCCUCAUCAAGCCGUGAUGGAUGUCGGUGUGUGCAUGGGUCACUGUGCUAAAGAUCUUGGAUGCAAACCGGUGAGGAACAGUACGGUUAGCAUAAAAGGGCCGAACGGAGACGAAGUGUAUCAGGUGAUCGAGAAAUGUGGCUGCGCUGGAACAUGCCACAAAAUGGAUCACAUGGAGACCGUUCUAGAUUUCAGCGAAGUCGAAAUAAAGGACGGUACGAAUACAACGGAUGUGAGGCCGGUCGUUCGGCAAAUUAACGUCGGCCAAUGCGUUGGGACGUGUCCAGGAAACGAGACGGAAAUGUGCCUUUUGAGAGACAAAAGAGAGCCAUCGAGAUGCUUGGCGGGCCUGUACUCGAAGCAACACACUUGCACACCUGCUAGAUUCAAAGUUCACGAGUACAGGUAUUUGGUAAUCGUCGAUGAUGAAGAUGCAAUUAUCCCGUUUUUGUCGCGCGUACCAUACUCCAUGCUCCAUUACUCCGUCAAUUCGUCCGAGUGUCAAUUCCUCGACCGAAUCCAGAGAAGAGACGUAGUACAGUCGCGACUAGUAUUCCACUUUCUCGCCAUUCUUCUCCACUCACGAAUCGCGCGUGAGCGAGAAAUGAUGAUGAGAGACGUCCGGUUCCUUCUCCUUUUCGCGACGCUCUUCUUCUUUUCGUCCUGUUUUCACGUGCACGCACACCCGAGCCGUUUCACCGAGGAUGACAACGCCGGCGGGAGAGAACUCGUGAACUCGUGGCCCUUGGACGAUUUGAACGAGCACGACGACGCUCGUCGGAACGAGAUUUUGGAGAAGCUGCAACAGGUUCUUGGUAUUCGAAGUUACAGUGAGAAAACGGGACGUCGUAAGGUGCCGCCUCAAUUUAUGGUUGAACUGUAUAACAAUGUAGCGGAUCCUAGCGGUGUUACGCGUGGUAAAAAUCCGUACAACGCCAAAGUCGUCCGCAGCUUCAUCGAAAGAGACACCACCACAUCGCGGUUUUACUUCUUCAACAUCACAGGUUUAGAAGUGGACGAAUCCGUUCUGGAGGCGGAGCUUCAUCUGUAUCGAAAAAGGACACCUUUGAAAGCUUUGCAUCCGUCCAUUUUAGCUUCUCCGUAUUACUUGAUAAGGGUGUAUCAAGUUUUGGAUGAGAAAAGUUUGGACGUUCCUGAUCUUCACAGGCUACUAAAUGUUAGAUACGUUGGAGCGCACGCGUCUGGUUGGCAGAUAUUCAACGUGAAGCAAGCCGUUCUCGCUUGGCUAACCGGAGAGCCAAACCUUGGACUUUUAGUAACUGCUUCCACCUUAUUCGAGGAUCAAGUGAACGUGGAAUUUUCCCGACGGAAUGAGUAUCAUCAUAGCAAGCAACCGAUUUUGGUACUUUUCGACGACGAUGGAAAGGAUCAUCGAGGCGACGGUAACAGCAACGAGAUCGAGCAAGCGUUUCAUGACGACGAAGACGGGACGGAUGAUUCGAGGAACGAGUACAAUGACGGUGUGGAACAGGAUCGUGAAGGAAAAGGGCAAUUGGAAGAGACUGGUUGGCAAAGUAAAAAUAAAUCGGAAUCGUUUCAAAGACAGAAGAGAACUCAGAUAAGGGAAUACGAGGGGGUGGCUCAAACAACUCGAGAUGCGAAACGUCUCGUGGAAGAGGGUUCCGGGGGUCGACGUCGAAGGGAAACUAUGAGUCUUACGAAAAAAUUGCACGGAAUUUCUUCGCGCGACACGAUGCUUAGAGGCGGUUUAAUCACAUCGAUGGAUAUAUACGAACGUGCGAUGCGUCGCGAAAGAAUGGGAGAAAGAGUUGGAGGUCGAAGGUCGAGGUCGUUGUUGUUGAACGAGAAGUUCCGUGAGAAACGAUCGACGAAAAGCCGCGCGUCCGUUCGACAAAAUGUCACCGAGUGCUCGAGGCACGAGCUCUACGUGGAUUUCAAAGAAAUUGGCCUUUCCUCAUCUAUCAUUGCCCCGCUUGGCUACUCCGCUUUUCAUUGCAAAGGUAUCUGCGAAUCGCCAUUAAGUCAAGAUCAACAACCGACGAAUCACGCGACCAUCCAAGGAAUUGUUCAUAAAAUGGGACUGGUGAAAGGGGUUGAGAGACCCUGUUGCGUACCUACUAAACUGUUGGGCACGACCAUCUUGUUCUAUGAUGAUAACGAGAACGUUAUCUUGAAAGUUUACCAAGACAUGAUCGCAGACCGUUGUGGAUGCCGUUAAGAAUUUCAUUAUUUCUUA